AUGAACACAAAAACCAUUGAGCAUGGAGAAGACACUUUACCAGUUGAUGAAACAAUCAAAAAUGAUUCUUAAGUAAUCAAAAGAACGAGAAAAACUAUAGGGCAUUAUUCCAUUGGAGAGGGUACAUUUGGCAAAGUUAAGCUAGGAACUCAUCAUAUUACAGGUGAAAAGGUGGCUAUAAAAAUCUUAGAAAAGGAUAGAAUAACUGAUGUGUCUGAUGUUGAGAGAGUGGCUAGAGAGAUACAUAUACUUAAGCUUAUAAGACAUCCCAACAUAAUUCAGCUCUAUGAAAUCAUUGAGACUCCGAAGCAGCUCUACCUAAUCAUGGAAUAUGCAAGUGGAGGAGAGCUCUUUGACUAUAUCGUAGCAAAUACAAGGCUUAAGGAAGAGGAAGCAUGCAAGUAUUUUUAGCAAAUAAUAGCAGGAGUUGACUACAUCCAUUAAUUGAACAUAGUGCAUAGAGACUUGAAACCUGAGAAUUUGCUGCUAGAUCAUAAUAAAAACAUCAAAAUUGUUGAUUUUGGUCUAUCAAACACCUACGGAUUAGGUGAACUUUUGAAAACAGCUUGUGGAAGUCCAUGCUAUGCUGCUCCAGAAAUGAUAGCUGGAAAGAAGUAUCUUGGUGCAAAUGUAGAUAUUUGGAGUUGUGGUGUUAUCAUGUUUGCAUUGAUUUGUGGAUUUUUACCUUUCGAGGAUCCAGAUACAUCUAAACUCUAUAAGAAAAUUCUAAGUGGGGAAUUCAAGAUUCCAAGUUUUGUGAGCAAAGAUGCUGCUGAUUUGAUGUAGAAGAUUUUAAACACCGAUCCUGAAAAAAGAUACAAGAUACCAGACAUAAGAUCACAUCCAUGGUUUCAAAAAUUUUAACCAGUAUGCAUGAACAGAGGGCUUAUAGUUGGUUAUAAUCAAAUUCCAAAUGAGGAGGAUAUCUUGAAACUGCUUGAAGAAAAAGGAUUCUAAAGAGAAUACGCGAUAAGAUGUUUAGAUGCUAAUAAGCACAACCAUGCUACAACUUGUUACUACUUGCUGCUCAAGAAAAUGGAGAAAGAUGGCAAGAUUGAGGCUUCUAAUUAUUAUCAAAGUGCCUAAACACUUUAUCCAAAGUCAAUUAAAGGAAGUAGAGAUUCAUCACUAAUUAAUGACAUAAGAAGUAAUCCUAAGAGAUUGUCCUAAGGGGGCCAUAGGCUUUUAGCUGAGAGUAUCAAUCAAAGUAAACUGGCAUAGAUGUAGAAUAACUUUAUCGAGAGUCCUAAGCUAGAUGAAGCAACAUCGAAUGAUGAUUAAACUAACAUUGAUGAAUAAGAGGGGAUAUUAAGCAAUCGCAGUAAGACAUCAUAAGAUGCAAAUGUCAACACUGGAGGAAUGAAUUUGCAAGAUAGCCCCAUAAGAGUCAAAGAUGAAGCUAAUGAAAAAAUUCAAAGUAAUAGAGCUGAAACAAUGACUAAAGAUGGAAAGUAUUCAAAGAAACCACCUCCGUUCGCAGUCUAGGGAGGAGUAAGAUACUCAGUGAGACAAGCAUAAAAGCGCUAGAAUAUCCCAGGAUCAUUAGACAGGUCCCUAGACAUCAUUCAGCAACCUCAAAAUCAUUACUAUAAGAAUUCUAAUAUGUCUAUGAUGCAUUUUGACGAGCAGAGUUUCAUAAGAAGUCUCCUCACGAAUGAUCGUAGCCAGUAAUAAACGAAUGGAACUGCAAACAGCAACUCAUUUAUGAGCCAUGAAAUUCUUCCUUUGAAUGCCUUUUAAAGUUAAUAGCAACUUAGUGCUAUGCAAAGCCAGUAGUAAAUUACGAGAGAGCAAAUAAUGCUAAAUAAUGUUAAUUCUAAUAGAGUAGUUCUACAAAAUAACUUCCAAACAGCAAGUGCUUAAGGCAACUCUUUUGGGCUAGGAUCAAAUUAUAACUCAAAUUAGAAGAUGAGGAUUUCAUUGUACGGUGGAGCCAAUGGGGCUGGAGCUUAUUAAAUAUCUAGCAACCAGUAAAUAGCAAAAUCACCUUAAGUAAGUAAAAAGUACAGAAGAGAUUACGGUGGAGCAGGUAGAAUAGAUAUUUAGAGUAAAAAUGCGAUUGCCUCAAGUAUCAAUAACGUAUCAAUCUCAGGAGCUAUGCAAACAAAUAGUAGAGGAACUCUUUUGAGUUAAAAAAAAGCAAAUAGAGUUUAAGCCACGAAUAACAUUCAUCCAAAGAUCAACAAAUUUUUGAGAUAAAAAAGUCCAAGCAAUGCAGUCAAUCAGACUACUAUCAAUCAAAGCUCAAUCAUUAACAACUCAAUGGUAUAUUCAAACUAGAAUAAUACAGCACUCAAUAAUUCAAAUUUCAACUCAAAUACUUAAAUUAAGAAGAAGUAGAGAGGCAUAUCGAUCUCGAAAUCAAACAGAGAGCAUAAACUCGGAAGUGGAUCACAGCAAACAAAUCAUAACAACUAUUACAAUGCUGGCAUCAUUCCUGGAAUAUACUAAAAUGAGGUGUAGGAAGAUUCAAGAAGGACUGUAACAAGUACCAAUACAAUAACUAAUCAAUAUUCAGCUGAGUUUUACUACUAAUUUCCAUAAAACUAGAAUAACUAAUUCCAAGCAAUAAACAAUGGACAAUAGAAUAUCAGUAACAUCUUGUUGAAUGAUUAAUCAAAUACAAACCAGAAUAUUGGCAAUGUAAACAAUCUCAAUAGCUAAAUGCAUCUUUCAACUGCUGGUGGCUAUUCCUCAAAUAUAGUACAUAGUGCUGCACAUAAUCUAAAAGUAUAGAAGAAUCUUGUGAAGCUCAAAGAAAUUGCCUAGACAAAGCCACUUACUGAUGUAAACACAACAUUCUAAGGCUACAAUAAUGGUAGUGGUCUAGGAGAUGACACUUCUUUUAUAAACAAUAGUUAUGCUCCCUCAAAUUUAAAUUAAUCCUAUUUAGGACUAAAAAAUAGAAACUCUAUCAGAAUGGGCAAAGCUGCCCCAAUGUCAUCAGUUUAAAUGGCUAAAGAUAUCUAUAGAAAAGGUUAAACAGCCUCUUAAUCAUCAUAAAGAGUAAAUAGUCAGAAGCCAUAGCCUUAUAGAAGAGGUCCUGCUUAAGGUUAUAUAAAUGAAAUAAAUGUUACUUCUAAUAUAGUACAUCCAACAAAGAGAUCCUAAACGUAUGUGAGAUAUCCUAAGCGAGAAAAUAAUUCUCAGAACAGAACGAUGAAUCUUUACUUAUAGCAAGAUCAAGAAACUCCUCACAUUUAAGGGAAUCCUGUAUUCUAGCCUGUGAGAGGUUCUAAUUAAAAUAUAAAUUCAAUGUCUUAAGUACCGAGCAGUUAGAGCCACAUGAAUAAUAAGCCAGAGAUCUAACUUGAUAAAUUCAAUAUAAAGACUGACAUCACUCCUCCAAUUAUCAAUCCAAAGAACAUGACUGCACAGUCUCAGCCUAUUACAAUAAUGCAAGCACCACACAUUGGAAACAUUAAUAAUUUCAACAACUACAAUAUCAAUUAGAUAUUUGUCAAUGAUUAGCAGUAGUAAGAACAGCUUUUGAAUAGCAGUAAUAACACUCAUAUUGAUCAAUCUAAAACAGUUGCUGUCAAGCAAUAAUUACAAAUGUAAUAACAAUAACAAAACAAUGUAAAUGUCUCAUCUAAUAUCAGAAUGAGGAAAUACAAAAAAGCCAAUCAAAAUUGA